AUGACCGACCUGACACCCACGCUCAGCCAGCUGGUCAAAUCCAAGCAUGGCCCUUCAAUUCCCUCCCCUCAAACCCGCCGCCCGUCCACCGAAACCGCCGACGAAUUCCUAAAGGAGGCAUAUCGAAUCAACUCCCACAUUGCCUCCCUCCUUCAAUACCUCCAAUCAAUCCGUCACGCCUACCUCACCACAACAGCCCCCUCACAACGCCGCGCAAACACCAACGCCCGCCAACCACAAACCCACACACCCUCAACAUCCCACCACUUAACCGAACCCGAGCGCGACGCCGUCGACUCCUCAACAGCUCUCCUCCUCCGCGAUCUCGCAGCCUCAAUCUCAAACCUCGCCUCCGCCGAAACCCUCCGCCAAGACACCGAAGCUACCAUUCUCCGCAAACGCUACGGCCACAGCGCUGCAGGGGCCCUCCUCUUCCGCUGGGCUGGCGGCGGUGCACCAGGCGAUGACCAAGAUGCGCAGGGGAAAUCAGCAGAGCAGGUACGGGCGGAGGAGAGCGCGAGGGUGAUUCGCACGGUGCGCGAGAGCGUGCUUUGGCUUUUGAGGCGCGGGCUGGAGGGUGCGGCGAGCGUGCAGGGCGGAAUGGUGGAGAAGAGAAUUGAGCGUGUGCGCGAGAAGGAGAAGAGUGUUUUGUAUAAGGCUGCGGGGUCGAAGGGUGGAGCUGGAUCUGGGAACGGGGCCCCUACGGCACAAGGUGCUGGUGGUAGUAGUGGGGCUUCCGAACGACAGGGUGGUUAUAAUAAUAAGUCGCCUGUAUCGAUGUUGUCGACUCCUGAUGCGGUGCAUUUGAGUGAGGCCGAUACGGCGCGGAUCGAGGCGCAGCUUUCGCCGGAGCAGUUACAGCUCUUUGCAGAGGAGAAUGAUACCAUGCUGCGCCAUUACGAGGAUACAUUGAGCAAGGUCCAGAAUGCUGAGAAAUCCCUUAUUGAGAUCUCGUCUCUACAGAGUACGCUCGUUUCACAUCUCUCCACACAGGAGGAGUAUAUCUCGCAAUUGGUCAGCGAUGCGGAUACGACAAAUACAAAUGUCGGACGUGGAAACAAGGAGCUCAAGCGUGCAUCUGAGCGGCGGAGUACGGCCCAGGCUGUGUUUUGGGGAACCGUGGGCUUAUGUACUUGGCUUGUCGUGUGGGAUUUGGUCUUUUGA